UUUCGCAGAUUCGCCGGGCGAUCAUGGCGAUGGUCGAUGACGUUGCAUCGGAAAGCGAAGGGACGUCGUCGUCAGUCCUUCCUAGCGAGCGUCUUCUCGGUGUUUCUUCCUUCACGCACACCCCUUGCUAUUGUGAGGAGAAUGUAUAUCUACUCUGUAAGAAACUAUGUAAGAUUGGGGUUGCUGAUCCAGUAGGUGCUGAUCUUUUUGUUGUCUUCAUAUCCAAUGAGAAGAAAAUGGUUCCUCUUUGGCAUCAAAAGGCUAGUAAAAGAAGUGAUGGGGUGGUAUUGUGGGAUUAUCAUGUAAUCUGUAUACAGAAAAGAAGAGGCGAGGCAUUUGAUUUGGUGUGGGAUCUGGAUUCUGAUCUUCCAUUCCCUUCUCCACUUACGGUGUACUUUCCUGAAGCCAUUAAACCAGUCAACUCUCCUUAUAGCAGGCUUUUCCGAGUAGUUCAUGCUCCGAGAUUUCUUCGUUGCUUUGCAUCAGACAGAAGUCACAUGAGAGAUGGUCUAGGGAAUUGGCUUGCCUUGCCUCCGACAUACAAACCUAUUACUAGUGAAGAUGGAACUACUAACAACCUAGACAAAUACAUCCAAAUGAGAACAGCCGAUGUGCUAGCAAACGCACAGGAUUCGCUCCACGGGGUGCUCUCGAACGAAUAUGGCGUGGUGGUGAGUGAAACAAUGUUCGAGUGGUUCUUUGCUCAAAUCCAUCAAUGACAACUUUUGCAAAUCUUUACAAGGAAAGCAAUGGAUCGACAUUGUCCUCAUUGAGCCAGGUUUGUCGUUAACUAUUGAGGAUCGGCUUGAUGUCUAAUGACUGAAAGCCUUGAGUUAUAUUGUAUAGGAAUUUUUAUAGUUCUGGCUACUUGUAAAAUGCUCUUCAAAUGUUAAGAAUUGUCAUUUUGCUCUCUGAGCUUGAGGAACCAUUAAAUUUUCAUCGUUUGUCGUUGGGCACGUGUCUU